CUGUCUCCCUCUCUGCUAAAAAACUGCCAUUGCAAGUUUUUCCUUCUCCUUCAAAGCGAAACUGCCUCCCGCAUGCUGUUCGGAUCCGGGUUUUCGGAGAUCUGAUUUUUAUCUACCACCCUACUUCCCCGUUUUCUAUGAUCUAGAAACGGAGUUGCCCCCCGCCGUCAAAAGAUGACUCAUCGCUGCUCGCAUUGCAGCCAUAACGGCCACAACUCCCGCACAUGCCCGAACCGAGGGAUCAAGCUAUUCGGAGUCCGGUUGACCGACGGGUCGGUUCGGAAAAGCGCCAGUAUGGGUAACUUAAGCCAGUAUUUCGGGUCGAAUUCGGGCUCGCUCGGUGGGGGUCCGGAUCAUGCAGACGGUUAUGCUUCUGAGGAUUUUGUCCCCGGCUCGUCUUCGAGUCGUGAAAGGAAACGAGGUGUUCCUUGGACGGAAGACGAGCAUCGGAUGUUUCUACUUGGGCUGCAGAAGCUUGGAAAAGGCGAUUGGCGUGGAAUCUCGCGCAAUUAUGUUAUUUCGAGGACUCCUACUCAAGUAGCAAGCCAUGCUCAGAAAUAUUUUAUCAGGCAGUCCAAUGUUUCCAGGAGAAAAAGACGAUCCAGCCUCUUCGAUAUUGUAGGGGAUGAAUCGAGUGACAAUCCUCAGGAUUUGUUCUCGGAGAACCCUCCACAGCCUGAAACACAGAGCAACGACUGGUUGCCUAUUCCACCGGCAUUGGAUGAAGAAGGUGAAUCAAUGGACACCGACAACUCGAAUGACGAUGUAAAUAUUUCUCCAAAACCGGAUACCUCACAACCCUGUCACCCGGUACAAUACCCUGCUUACUUCCCACCAUUCUCUCCGUUUUCACUUCCAUAUCGGAUGUGUCAGAAUUCCAAAUCAACCAAGGACACACAUCAAGUGAUCAAGCCAACAGCUGUACAUUCAAAGAGUCCGAUCAAUGUCGAGGAGCUGGUCGGCUUGUCAAAACUGAGAUUGGGAGAAUCAAUAGGUGAUAGUGGCGCAUCCUCUCUUUCACUAAAACUCGACGGUUCAUCGAGGCUAUCUGCUUUCCAUGCGAAUCCUAGUCCUGGUAAGUCAAGUGGGAGUCCAAUUCAUGCAGUUUAAACACAAAUUUCAUCUUAAUUAAGGCUUCGGAUCUGUGAGCAGUACAUGUUAUUGUUAAUAUUAGACUAAUCAUAUGCAGUCUUGGUCAACUGAAUAAAUUUGUGUGUUUUUUUUCUU